GAUACAGUGGAGUGUUUUUCACUGUUAACCGCGUGAGCGUGUCUCGCCACAAGUUUCCACUGAAUUUGGAAUCAGCCAUGCCAAAGCUACUGACUUAUUUCUUUUUUUAAGAAAUAAUACAAAAAAGGACUUUUUAGAACAUUUUCCGAAAGGCUCUUUGAAGGAUUCUGAUUAAAAUCUAGCAGGAUAAAGAAUAAAAUGACUAACGGCACUAACAAAGAACCUAGAACUGACCGCGAUGUUAACACAGUGCUGUUACUGUAUUGUGUCAUUUGUCUCCUUACCCUCAUAACAAUUCUUCUACUGAUUAUACUGCUCAAAAAGUACUGCAAAAAUUGCAAGGGAGACAAGCCUGACUCCAACAUUGAAGGAGGGACUUUCCGCAUGAGUGAUCUCAAAUGUAACUCGGACCUUGAAAAUACUAAUAACGACAUCGUCAAUCAUUCAAACAAUUUACAGUCCUUCACUGCAUGCAGUGAUGAUUCAUCCUCUACUAGUUCUGAAAGCUUGUGCUCACCAUAUGAAGAUAAACAGAAUAACAACAACCAGCAAUACUUGAGUUUGAAAACCAGCCUUCAAAGCCCAGACUAUGAAAAUAUUCCUGAAGGAAAAAACACCAGUGCACAAAGUUAUAAAAACAAGAAGACAAAGAAAAGCAGAGACUAUGUAAACAUUGAAGAACAACAGAAUAUGCCUUUAACUAAUGGCAGAGAAAGCAAAUGCGAGAUGGAUCAUGGAGAUGAGGAGGAGAGUCAAACCAGCAGUGAGAGCAGCAGUGAUGAGAGUGACGACAAUUCUGUAAAUUACACCACUGUUGUGUUUAAAGAAAACCCAAAUGCAGUCCAAAGAGAGCAGUGAAGCUGGCUUUCUGCUUUUUUUAAAAAAAAUUCUAUUUCAUUUAUUAUUUUUUCUUGUUUACUGCAUUCUAUUGAUGCAAUGAAUAAUCAUGACUUACAAACAUAAGCUAAAAUAACUGCUUUUAUAUUUAGUGCUGCUUUGAUUUUCUAGGUGAUUAUGUAAUAUGAGGUAUAAGGUGAAUUUUCACCAUAUAAGGGAAAAGAAAACUAAUUUUAGGUCCAAUUUUAGGUACCUGAGGAUUAUUUCUGUGAUCUGAUAAACAUACACUGUGGUACUGAAUAUCCUGUUAGGAAGGAACUGCCGUGUGCAGUACAGCAGAGUGGCAAGAUAAAAGGCUUAUUUUUGGUUUCUGCAUUUCUGUGUGCUAGUAAUUAAUCUCUUUCAUUUACUUACAGUUUUUGGUGUGCAAACAUUACAGUUUAAUUCAGUCAAAAUUCUUAUUGCUAUAAAAUGCUGACAUUGAUCUUGAUGUUUUAACAAAUAGAUGGACCACUUUUGUUUUAGUUAUUUUUGUAUGUUGGGUUGUUCAUGUUUUAAGCACAUUUUUGAAUUUCUUUGGAUUUUUGUUUUGGGGCCUGAUGUUUAAUUUCUGAAUGCUGGAAAACAUUCAAAAUGUAUUCAUACUAAAUACUUCAAACGGAAAAUACAAAGAAAAUAUCCAGUACUUUAAUAUAAUGUUUAUAUUGAAUUUGAAUAGCAAUAAUUAUGAAUGUACAUUUACAUCAUUUCAUAAAUUGUCAUAUGUCAUAUGUCCAUAUCUAGAGUUACUUACAGUUCUCUCAUUUUUCAUACAGCUGAGCAGUUAGGUGAAGGUUAAAGGCCUUUCUCAAGGCCUAGCAGGAGCAGUAUUGCAGUAGUUGGAUUUGAACUUACAACAUUCCAAUCAGUAGCACAAUAUAUGAAUAAAUAUUCGCUCAUUGGAGUGAUCUUUUUCAGGAAGAUAAUGCACCUGCCACACCGCAAACAUUGUUUAGCAGUGGUUUGAUGAACAUAACAAAGACUUCAAGGUGUCUCCAGAAUCCCCAGAUCUCAAUCAGUAUGAGCAUUUGUGGAAUGUUCUGGACAAACAGAUCAAAUUCAUGGAGGACCCACCUCACAUCUUACACUAUUCACUGCAACAUGGUGCCAGAUAGCAUAGCACAACCUUCAGAGGUCUUGUGGAGUCCAUGACAGUGGGUCAGAGCUGUUAUAGCAGCACCUACACUGUACACCAGGACCUACACUGCAGCUGACAGGUGCUUUUAACCCUUAGGAGUCGGCCAACACUUGCAUUUUUUCUGGUAACCGUGAAAUGAACAUAAAAUACUCCAUCAUUUUUGCUCAUACACAUAAGUGUAGUACAUCAUUUGAAUCUGUAAAGGGUCUACUUUUAUUCAUGUACACUCACAAUAUCCACAAAACAUUGUGCUUUUGUAAAAUAAAGAAAAUAAACAGGGUGCGCUUUCAGCCGUCUCAGUCUCCGCGAAAAUAUUUUUGAAACGCCUCAAUAAAAUGAACUGAAACUCCGCGAAUACUGCACACACAGCCAUGAGAAAUAUAUCUAUAGAAAGCUUAAAGGGUAUACUUUUAAAUGAUGCAAGUCACAUCGAAAACAAACAUUCUCAGUUUAUGUAAUCCGUGUGAAACCAAGGAGAGGCACAGAAUUUCUGUCGCACUUCAUUAUCUGAUAAUGGGCACGCCCACACGCUAUUCACAGGGAAAACAGUCUGGGUAAUCUACAUACAAGGCCACGCCCCCCGGACACCGGCUUGCUGUUGCAGUUUUACCCUGCAUGUAUGUUUUUGCACAGUUUUUUUUUAUCUUGCACUGUUUUACCCUGCAUGUAUGUUUUUGCACAGUUUUUUUUAUCUUGCACUGUUUUACCCUGCAUGUAUGUUUUUGGACAGGUUUUUUAAUAUAUAUAUCCUACACUGUUUUUGUUUGCACCAUUUUACCCUGAAUGUCUGUUUUUACACUUUUUAUUUAUCUUGAACUGUUCCUGGGAUUCUUGCAAGUGAAUCUUGAGUUAUUCUAAAUUAACUACAAACAAAGAAAUAUGUUUUUGUCCUCAAAUUAUUUUCUUGUAGCACUUUCCUCAAUCACAUACCUGACUGAAAG